AUGCAGAGCUGGAAGAAUAAGGCGGUGGUGAUGUGCUCCAACAACUUCUGUCGCAGAACGUCGCCCGGCGACGGACCGACUUGUCGCUGGCACGUACGAAAUUACGGCAGCGAAGACGAUCCCGUGAAUGUUACCCUAUGUAACGCGUGCAAGAUCAAUUUCGAUCAGGGCAAGUACUGUCCCUUCUGCGUUCAGAUCUAUCGCGAACGGGAUCCCGACAGCUUCGACAAGAAGCAAUGGAUCGGCUGCACCAAUCGCAACUGUCGCCGCUGGUCGCACGAGGAGUGCGAGAUGGAGUACGGAAUCGACGUCUCCAAGAUCGACCGCCGAUCCUACCAAUGCCCGGGAUGCCGCGACGCGGGCAAGCACUCCGACUCCAACGACCGCCGUCGCUUGGGCCGCCACAACGCGGCGCACUCUCAGUGCACCACAUCCCCCUCGUUUUUCCCCCGAUCUCCCCCCGUCCAGCACUCUGACUCCAAUGACCGCCGUCGCUUGGGCCGCCACAACGCGGCGGAUCGCCUGGCGAUCGCGCAGGCCGCAGCAGCUGCCGCGGAAGCGGGCGGCGCAACCGGGGGAGAGAAGGACCGAAGGGGAAACGGAGGGGGCGCGGAUAAGGCGGGGGGGUCGGGUUCCCCUGGGCGGAUACUCUUCGGGGGAGGGGCGGGCGGAGGGGGAGGCGGAGGGGGGUCGGGACUGCAGGACUCGUUGCACUCCCCCAACCCCUCAAGCGACUCAACCCCUGGCGACCAUGCUGACUCAGCUAACCGCGUUGACCGCGUUGACCAGUCAAAGCCCGAGCUUGCCAUUGACCAGCGGAUCCACCCCGUUGACCACAUUGACCAGAUUGACCAGACUGACCCUAUGGAUACCACAGACGACAAGGAGGCUGGAGAGGUGGAGGGGGAAGAGGGUGAGAGGGAGCGGAAUCGAAAAUCGUCCAGCGGUGGUCACCACAGUAACAACAGCCAAGAUAACAGUAACGAGUAUGAUAACAGCGAGUAUGGAUGGAGGAAAUCUCCUGUAGCAGCAGCAGUAGGAGCAGGAGGAGCAGGAGGAGCAGCAGCAGCAGCAGCAGCGGCAGCUACAGGCUCUGUGCUGCCUCGGAGUAGCAAGAGGGUGCAAGGCAGCAGCGCCAAGCCUCUCAAGGUGGAUCUGUCUAAGCUGCAGACGAGCUCUCUGCGGCGCUACAAGCGAGUGUACAAGCUCAGAGACGCCUCUUCUGGCAAGGAGGAGCUCAAGCUCGCAGUGGCACAGCAUUUUGCUAGCCUGGUAAGUUUCCCUUAG